GCAUGGUGCGGUGCGUCGGGACCGGCGAUGGGCAUGACGGGGCUGGCGGCAGGCAUGGCAGGGCCGGCGCGGUGCGGUCGGGAGGGGAGAGUGUGGGCCCAGAUGGAGAUAGCGAAGCCAUCUGUCGAGGUAAAAAUAGAUCACGAGGAGCGCGGGAUGCCUAUCCAGAUGAAGAAGAUAGACAAAUAAAGAAACUGUUGGAUCUCGUUUUUACUCUUGUUUAGCUAUUUUUAGCUAUCCAAUUUCAUUUAGAGAAGCUGUUGGAGUUGCUCUUAGGUGAGAUGUCAGUGCAGCAGGGUACUACAUUUUGGGUACGGAUAUGCUCAUGGGGAUAAUCAGAUAAAGAUGCUGGUCCUUGGUCGUACGUGCAGUAGCUGCUAAUUAUUGUCAUUACUCGUGAUUAGAGAGUGAAAUGUAGAAAAACUCUUGGACAGUUAUUGUGUUUCCUUCUGCCAUUAGUCUAUUGCCAACCCUUAGGAGCUUCCGAGUUCUACGUGUACUGGACUUACAAGGUUGUGAUCUUUCACAAGGUUACAGCCUCAAGUAUGUUGAGAAGUUAUUUCACUUGAGGUACCUGGGAUUAGGUGACACACGCAUUGCUCAGCUCCAUGAAGAAAUAUGGAACAUACGAUUUCUACAAACACUGGACCUGAUGGGCACCAGUAUCUGUAGCUUGCCAUCAACUGUUGUUCAGCUCAGACAUUUGAUGUGUCUCUACAUCGAGUCAUACACAAGAUUGCCAAAUGGUAUUGGGAGCCUAACAAGCCUUGAGGAGCUGCUAUUCUUACGCAUCGACGACGACGACUCCAUCGCAGACAUCACAGAUGAGUUAGGCCAGCUUACAGGACUGAGGGUGCUGAGUAUUGCUCUCUUCAGCAAUUGGAAUGACAAGCUGGUGGAGUGCCUAUGCAAGCUGCGAAAGAUCCAAAAUCUCUAUAUCGAGGUCCGCAAUGGUCGCCGGAACAUCGGUGGAUUGGAUGCCUGGGUAGCCCCUCGACAUCUCCGCAUGCUGAACACAAGAUGGAGCUGCUGGUUCUCAACUGUGCAAACGUGGGUGAACCCGUUGCUCCUCCCGGACCUCUCCUUCCUAUCUAUCGCCGUGAGGGAGCUAGAACAGGCUGAUCUAGACAUCCUCGGAAAGUUGCCAGCUCUCCGGUAUCUUGAUCUGGAGGUAGACCAUGAGGAUCUCGGAAUCCUUGGAGGAUUUGUUGUCGGUGCUGGUUCGUUCCCAUGCCUGGUACGCUCCGGGUUCGGGGGAUUUGUAGGGCCCGUAGUGUUUGAGCAUGGGGCAAUGCCGAGCCUCAAAACCCUUCACGUCCAAUUCGCUGUGAGGGAGGCGAGAGAAAUCCCCAGCAGCGAUGGUGGUUUUGGCAAGGGACUGGGAAACCUGCCAUCGCUCCAGGAUGUCUGGGUUUACUUGAAUUUUGAAGGCGCUAGCAAUGAGGAAGUGAAGGAUUUGAAGGUUGUGUUGAGACACUCGGUUGAAAUCAAUACCAAUCAUCCCAGGCUCCACAUAUACUGAUGAACUAGUUGAACUUGACAUGCGGAUUGAAUAUAAAGCUAAGUUGAUGGACUGAAACUGAAAGACAGGAGAAACUGCUGAAAAUGGACAGGAGAAAAUAUUUGUAAACAUGCCUAUCCCCAGACGAAGAGGUGAACACACACUGGCUCCGUUUGUUCCCUCUUACUUCAUUGACAUUAUUUUCUUUUUCUUCUGCCUCGGUUUCUGAUGAAGAAUGAAGAAGUCAGGACCUUAUAAAGUGAAAGUCGCUAGCUACCUCGCUCUCCUGUUCCCCUUUCUCCUACCAUUAAUUUGGCCUGUUCGUCUAAACAAAAAUAAAACAUCCUCUGUUCUUAUCUCAGGUUAUCCAUCCCAAUUAGGAAAAAAAUUCCAUGGGGACGGUCCCCAAAUAGCAGCCUGUGAGGACGCGCUCUGGAUGGUCGACGCGUGAUCGGACGCGCACCGGUCGCUGCGCUCGCAGAGCUUGGCAUCCCUCGCCUCGCUCGGCUCACGCUGCUCCCUGUCUUUGCUCCAGCCGAGCAAGGGUCUUGGAGCGCCCCCCACCGGCCACCAGCCGCCGUAGGUUGUCUGUCGCCGCCGCUGCAUCCCGCAGCUCCGGCAAGAUCCUCUGCGUAUUGAGGAAACGCUAGUAACUGAGGAGGCACGUGUUGAAGACGAGUUGAGGCUCACGAUUCAGAAAAGCUUCCGCAACAAUUUGAUGGUGGUGAUGUUUGAGUUCGGCGGUCACUUGGAAGCCACUAGUACAACAUAGCCGGGCUACUCGUGCUUCCCCUUCCAUUCGCUCAAUCUGAUUUCAUCAAUCCUUGAAAACUCCAACAGAAUCUGGGGGCUCCAACGAACGAGUUGUGGCGGCGGACGAUAGGCCUGCAGGCCUGCGGCGGUGGAUGAAGGGACGGAUGGGCACCGGCAAACGGGGUUCCCCGAAGACGCCUCAGGCCCCUGGCUCGGCUUCAGCGAAACUUGGGGUCCGGUUAUUGGGGUAGCCACACGUGUCAGCCAUCUGAGAUGGGUCCUCAGGCCAGCUCCAGUGUGGCUGUAAAAGCGAACCGUGAGCAAAAACAGCGAACCAUGCACACUGCAGGAUUCGAAUGCUCGUGUCAGAAGCUAAAAUCGAACUCCAAACAUGGUUCGAACACAACAAAGUAAAAUAAUCAUAAAGCUGCUCAAAUGUGCAUGAGGGCAAUGCUGCGCUGACAGGAAGGACAUCUAGCAGGUAAAAUAAAUGUGUUUUUUAUUU